GUUCCGACUGCGCACCUCUGGUGAUGCAGAGGCCGCUGCAGCUCGAUAUGUUGUAGUGAGUAUUGUAUUGAGCGAACGAGCGGAAGCGUCUCUGCUUGAUUGGAUACCCGUAGACAGUCGCCUCUGUGCGGUUCGUUUGGCAACGUCGGUGAGAGAAUCUAGAAGAAGUGAGGUUCAUCGCACCUUGUUUAUUGUUUCUGCUUAUGCCCCAACUGACUGUAGCUCUGAAUCUGCCAAGGACAGUUUCUAUGACGCUCUAGGUGCCCUUCUACAACUGGCUAAAAGCUCAGAUAUCGUUGUGAUUGCUGGUGAUAUGAACGACCAGUUAGAGCGCGAAUUUACUGACCGGAAGGACUGUGGUUCAAACCCCUGUUCAGGCUUGUGCAACCUGGUAGUAUCCCGGCCCUCAUGCCCCCUUUGGGCGGCAUGGCAGUUGGGCACUGAAGGAGUGCUACAGUUGAACGAUUUUGUAUCGUCUUUAUUUUCAGAAAUGAAUCACGUAGUUUAUGCCCGCAUAUGUGAGGAAGAAGGAACCGAACCGGUGGAGCUUCCCGUAGAAGCUGACGGGACUCUACUUCUCCCAACACUGACCGCUCAGUUUCCAAAGUGCACGGGAUUGAAAUAUAAAUCAGAGGAUUCCGGUUGCUUUCGUGGUCUGCGCCUUGUGGGGGAUCAUAUCUACCCUCCUGUGGAAACUGAUUGGGACAACGUUUUCUACUGUGUAUUCCCGAAAGACAAAAAACGUAAAGGUGACGAGGAUACUGAAGAUACGAAGCAGAAGGUGAAAUGUCUGGAAGGGCGCAAGUGCACAGAUUUGAUCGUCUUGAAUCUGGCCUGGCAAACCGACGAGACAAAGCUGCGCAAUUAUUUCUCUCAGUUCGGAGAUCUAGUUAUGGUUCAGAUAAAAAAGGAUCCGGACACCGGUAAGAGUCGUGGAUACGGAUUCGUCCGUUUCAGUGACUACAGUGGUCAAGCCAUGUGUCUGGCUGAACGCCACAUGAUUGAUGGCCGAUUGUGUGAUGUUCGCAUACCACUGUCCAAGCAAGAAGGAGACCGACAAGAAGUCAGUCGAAAGAUACACGUUGGCAAUCUUCCAGAGAGCAUUGGCGCGGAUGCUCUUCGUCAGCAUUUUCUCCAGUAUGGACUCGUUAUUGACGUAUUCAUCCCUAAACCGUUCCGCUCGUUUGCCUUCGUGACGUUCGAUGAUCCCGAUGUUGCUGCUUCCUUGCUGGGCAAAGAUUUGACAAUCCAGGGUCACAAAGUGACCAUAGGUUCGGCCGUUCCCAAACUGCCUUCCCAUGUUCGUCAAAACCCCGCAUUCGAAAACGCAGGGGGGAAUUUGCGUUCUCCUUAUCCUGGCAGUCCAAUGGCACAUGGGCCUCUAUGGAACAGUCCAUGGUCUCCAGCACUUGGUAUGUUCCCAGGCGGUGGUGCUUACGGGGGCUCACCAAACGGUGGUCUGCGCAAUUCGAUGGGAUUGAAUCCAGCGGCAGCGGCCGCGGCAGCCACCCUAGCCGCACAAUACACCCGUGCUCACCAGCGACAGAGUUCCGGUGCCAACAUGAACGGUGGUUAUCCUGAUGCGAAACCUAGUCCUGACGCCAACACCAACGCCGCGCUGGCCGCUUUAAACAUUUUGAACAAUCCCAAUGUUGUUGCUGCAAUCGUGAGUGCCGCAGCCGGAGUGUCCAAGGGUCAGUCAUCAUUUACAAAUUCAGGGCCCCGUUGAGGAGCAGGAAGAUGGUGCGCCUUCACCGACGAUGACAGCUGUAUUUGGAAUCCUUAUUGCACAGAUUAAGCGUGUAUGGUUAUUGUGAUCAGUAGUACGGCGUGUAUGUGCUGAUGCUGCUGCUCGCCUGGGAUUUUCAACUUCAUCUCCUUAUCCUCCUACCAUUUCUGUUCAUUCUCAUUCAUUCUCAUGUACGAUUGUCUCACUUUUUGUGACUGUCUAUCAUGCAUGUCUGUGGGAUGUGUAGAGUGGCACUGCAUUUUACCUGAGAAGUCGUUGCUGUUGGCUUACCCAAGUCCGGCGUGCUUGUUGUCUCUAUCCUCACUUGUUUCUAUACAUGUGUCAGUGUCUGUUGCUAGCGUGGCGUUCUAUACCGAGGAACACACUGUCGCUGAUCGGUUCGAGUGAAAGCGCGGUGUAUGUCACUUGUUGUGUGUGUGCUACCUUUGCUUGUUCCGCGUAACUCUGGUUGAUCGGCCAAUAGGACCUGUCUUUGCUGACAGGACCGGAUAGUUUGUGACAAUUCUUGGAUCAGGCCAAGUGUUAGGUUACGUUAGUGCCGUGAUAUCACUCGCUUUACGGUAAUCCUUCCAAAGGAGGCUACUUUUCAAUGUCCAAUGACGUAUCGGCCCUUAUUUGCAGUGUUUCGCCGCGAAAGGAAGUUCAAGACUCCCUCCUAAGGUCUACUGCAUGUGGCUCCAUUCUACAUCAGUUUUUUUAGUGGUUAGCGCAAUCGUAUAUCGCUCCUCACAUCAGUUUUCAGCUCAGUUAGAGAGAAUGGUUGUCUCAGAACGAUUGUUGUUCAGUUUAUGGAAUCUCAAAGGCUGUGUUUUCUUCUGAUCAGUAUGAGGUGGGUCAUGGAUGCGUGUAUGACUUCCUCUUCUGGGCUGGUGAAUGUAGGUGCGCGCUUGGGAAGUUCUGCUGCUAGAAGUGAUGACAUGCACUGACGGAUUGACAUUCAGUUUGUUGCAUGGAUGAACUCGUAAAAGAGUGCGCUGGUCUAUUGGAUUUGUCUGCAUCUGUCUUGUUUUUGAUUCUACAUCGGACAUGCUACCUCUGACAUUUACCGCCCGCCUCACGCGGGAAGCCGAGGAUUCUGGAACAUGUUACAGCUAAUCACAAACAUUUUGGGUGUAACCUCGCGUAUUCGUGAUGUAAUGUUAUU